AUGGAAACAAAAUUUAGUGAAUCAAAAAUCCCACAUAAAGAUACCAAUACAGUAAACUCCAAAAAUUGUUCAUAUUGCAAUAAACCUUUUACCAAAGAAAUUUGCUGUAAAGAAUAUGUUAAUUCUUUAGGUAAUAAAGUAUCAAUGUUUAAUUUAGCCACAUGUUAUGAAAAUGGAGAUGUAACAGAAAAGAAUUUAGAAAAAGCUUUUUAUUGGUAUCAAAAAGCAGCAGAAAAUGGUCAUAGUGAUGCAAUUAAUAGUUUAACCACAUGUUAUAUAACUGGAAAAGGAACAGAAAAGAGUUUUAAAAAAGCCUUUUAUUGGUAUCAAAAAGCAGCAGAAAAUGGUAAUGAAAAAGCAAUGUUUAAUUUGGCCAUAUGUUAUGAAAAUAGAAUAGGAACAGAAAAGAAUUCAGAAAAAGCCUUUUAUUGGUAUCAAAAAGCAGCAGAAAAUGAUUACAAAUAUGCAAUGUUUAAUUUAGCUAUAUAUUACAGAGAUGGAAAAGUAACAGAAAAGAAUUUAGAAAAAUCCUUUUAUUGGUGUCAAAAAGCAGCAGAAAAUGGUAAUGAAAAAGCAAUGUUUAAUUUAGCUUUAUUACAUUAUAACAAUGGAGAAGGAACAGCAAAGAAUUUAGAAAAAGCCUUUUAUUGGUAUCAAAAAGCAGCAGAAAAUGGUGAUGGAAAUGCAAUGUCAAUGAAUAGUUUAGCCAUAUGCUAUAAAAAUGGAGAAGGAACAGAAAAGAAUUUAGAAAAAGCAUUUUAUUGGUUUCAAAAAGCAGCAGAAAAUGGUGAUGAAAAUGCAAUGAAUAAUUUAGCUAUAUGCUACAAAAAUGGAAAAGGAACAGGCAAGAAUUUAGAAAAAUCUUUUUAUUGGCAUCAGAAAGCAGUAGAAAGUAACAAAAUGAACCUUAAAAAUGGUGUUGAAUUAUGUAAUAAAUGCAAGCAACCAUAUACUGAUUACCAGUGGUGCCAACAAUGUAAUACUAAACAAUUUCAACAAGAUUUUUCAAAGUGGACUAGUGAAAAUGAAUUUAUUGAUAAAUUUGUUCAAGAAGCACAAAUAAAUGCUAAAAACAGCUAUGAAAUUUUAGAGUGGAUACCUUAUAAUAAAUUUUCAAAUGUCAAUUAUUUUGAUAAAGGAGGAUUUAGUGAAAUUCAUAAAGCUAUCUGGCCAGAUGGACCUAUUUAUAGUUGGAAUUUUGACAAGCAACAAUGGAAUAGGCAAACAGAUUAUGAGGUCAUUCUUAAAUCACUUAAUAAUUCAUCAAGUUUAAAUACUAAAUUUUUAGAUGAGGUAUAUAGUAAUUUUUUUUUUUUGCAAAAAUUUAACAAUUUUUUUUUAUCAUUAUAUGUAUAG